UUCAAACCAACCUGGUGAUAUAAAACAAAUAAAGACAUAUGUAAACACAAGCAAACUCAAGGCUACUGCAACCCACCUUCCUCUCUCUGUCACGCUGCCCUUCUCCCCCUUUGCUUGGUUUUUCCUAAAACAAGAAAAGCAAGCAAGCAUGGCCAGGAAGCGAGACGCCUUUCGAGAUGCCUUUCUUGGAAGAGGCUUCAAAACCUCAACAUUCAAAACGACUGUGGGACUCGCCAUCUCUCGCCUCUCCGUCCUCAAGAACCAACGUCAGGUCCGCUAUUCCCAGGCCCGAAGCGACGUCGCCCAGCUCCUCCAGCUCGGACAUCAUGAGCGUGCUCUCCUCCGCGUCGAACAUGUGAUCAAGGAGCAGAACAUGUUGGACGUUUUCGUUCUGAUCGAAGGUUACUGUAAUCUCUUGAUUGAGAGGACCGUGCUCAUUGAGAACCAAAAAGAUUGCCCCCAUGAACUGCACGAGGCAAUAGCGAGCGUUAUCUUUGCCGCUUCCAGGUGUGGAGAAUCGCCAGAGCUCAACGAGAUCCGUUCUGUGUUCACAUCAAGGUAUGGGAAGGAUUUUGCUGCUGCUGCUGUCGAGUUGCGCAGCAAUUGCAGGGUGAAUACCAAGAUGAUACAGAAGAUGUCAACCCGACAGCCGAGUUUGGAAAUCAGAUUGAAGGUGUUGAAGGAAAUCGCUGCUGAAAACGGGAUCACACUGAAUCUUGAAGAACCAUCUUCUGAAAUUGCAGCGGUGGAAACUGAGUCGAACCACCGAUCUAAGCCAGUGAAAACUACCGAUGUGGGAGGAGUGGCUGUUAAAUCUAGGCGUGAUGAUAAUCCUCUAAAUUCCCAUGAAUUAGAUCAGGAGGAGCAAUCGUCUGGAUCGAUCAAAGAAAGGAAGAAGUACGCGGAUGUUGCCAGUGCUGCUCAAGCAGCUUUUGAAUCGGCAGCUUUGGCAGCUGCCGCGGCAAGAGCUGCAGUAGAACUUUCAAGAACUGAAUCCGGAGACCAAGGGGGAAGUCCGGGUCCUGUAUCAAGGAAUAGAUUUGAGAGGAACCAAGAUGAUGGGUCCUCGAGAUUGAGAUCUGGGUUGGGAAACAAUCCAAAUGGGACUGUAAUAUCAGAUGAAUUUGAUCGGGUUUCUGCCCGGUCGAGUUUUGACAAGGUUCACCCAAUUCAAAACUCUAGUUCAGAUUCAGAAAAUGAAGAAUUGCCAGCUAAACGUGUGGAUAUUCUCCAGCAAGAAAUCAAAGGAAAGUCCAACGAGGUGGGUUCCACUCCGGCUGCUUUAGAAGAGGCGAAGAUUCGGUCUAUACAAUUCGAUGAGAGCGACGAUGAUGAGUCACACAAGAAUCAUGAAUUCAAUUUCAAUCAGGAGUCUGACAUUAGUAAGGAAACAAAUAGAUCAUCGGCAAGAAGCACCGGAUUGCCGAUUUCAAGAGGCAGAGCUGGCUCUGGAUUCCAGAAAACUGGACCGUUAAACGCAGUGUCGGAUGAGAAUGAAAUAAUCAAGCUUGACUACCCGCCCCGAAAGCAAAGCUCAAUCGAAUCUAAAUAUGAUUCGAUUGGCUUUUCAAAUGAACACAUUGAUAAUGUGGCAUACAGAGCCAAUCGAAGAGCCGCGACUGCAUAUUCAGAAUCUGCAGAAGAACUACGGCUGCAGCGUCUGAACGUAGAGAAGAGGCCCAUUUCUGUGAGGACUAAAAGAGGCUUUUAGGCGGGAUGCGAGUGUCAUGAAGGUUUUGUUAUGUAAAUCUUGAAGAAAGACUUUAUUAUUGCCAUAUGCAGAGGUGUUUGUUUAGUAAUACCAUUCUUCAUAAUCCGGAUUAAGCCCUAA